AUGGAUUAUAAAACACACAACAGUGUAGGAAUUUUGGGAGAUGAAGAUACAAUAAAUGGAUUUAUGAUUUCUGGAAUACAACUAGAUACUAAAAAUCCUAAUCUUAUUCAGGUUACUUAUAAUACACCAGAAGAAGACUUAAAAAAAAUGUUUACUAAAUUAAUCCUUCGAAAAGAUUUAGCUCUCAUUUUGGUGUGUGAUUUUGUAUAUGAAAAAAUUUUAGAAGAAAUAAAGAAAUAUGAUGGACUUAUACCUUCAAUAAUAGAAAUACCAAGUAAAAUAAAAUGUGAACAUUAA